CAGCGCGCGCGGCUUCCCCGCCCCCGCCCCCGGGCCAACCGCCGGGGCGCGCGCCCGAGGGCGGUCUCGGCCGCAGAGCUCGCGAGAGGACAUGUCCGCGGCGGCGGCGGCGAGCGAGGAAAUGUGCUGAAACAGACACUAUAGAAGGAGGCUAGAGAUACAAGUAAAAUUGCAGAAUUUGAUGCUUGCACUCCAGAGGAGUACAUGAACUCAUACUGAUUAAUGUAUUUUUGCAAACCUUGAAGUUUUUUCAGGUCCUGUAAAAAUAUGCCUGAUUUUAAAAACUCAUCAUGCAGAACUGGGAGAGCAGAAGGGUGGAAUCUCUGGGAAAGGGUGAAAUGCAGAUGGUAACAACCUACUUCAGCCAAGAGUUCAUCUUUCUCUGCCCUGAGAAAGUUCUGAGCAGGAGCAAAGGGGGGCAAGAUGGAGACAAACUAGAAAUCUGAAAUGGAGGAUGCCUAAAACCCUAGAAGCUCAUGAAGCUUACUCCCUCAGUUGAAAAUGUACUUCAAAUGUGGAAGAGAACUAUUCAGCCACAUAACUUACUGAAACAUGAUUAAGAUGAUACAUGUUGUCUUUUGGUGGAGCCUCUCAUCCCAGCCCUACCAGAGAUGUUUGCCUGCUCAGACGAUUUAACACAAUGGAUCACCUGGGGACAGCAGACGCUGAGGACGACUCUGGAUCACUAACACGGCUUGCUCCUAGUCCUCAUAGCGAAGCAGUUGCUCAUGAGUUUAAGGAACUCUCAUUGCAGCCCAAUCAGUACUUACCUCCUCUCAACGAACGAAAGAAUGUACUUCAGCUGAGGCUACAACAAAGACGGACACGAGAACAGCUGGUGGACCAGGGCAUCAUGCCACCUUUGAAAAGUCCAGCUGCAUUCCAUGAGCAGAUAAAGAGCCUGGAGCGAGCCAGGACUGAAAAUUUUUUGAAGCACAAGAUUCGCAGCAGGCCGGACCGGUCUGAGCUGGUCAGAAUGCACAUCCUCGAAGAGACCUUCGCAGAGCCUUCACUACAAGCCACUCAGAUGAAACUGAAGAGAGCUCGGUUGGCAGAUGAUCUGAAUGAGAAGAUUGCUCAGAGGCCUGGCCCUAUGGAACUGGUAGAAAAAAAUAUUCUUCCUGUAGAUUCCAGCGUUAAAGAAGCUAUUAUAGCAGUUGGACAAGAGAAUUAUCCUCAAGCUUUGGAUGAUUAUUCAUUUGAUGAAGACAGCAGUGAUGCUUUAUCACCAGAUCAGCCAGCCAGCCAAGAAUCCCAGGGUUCAGCAGCUUCCCCUGGUGAGCCAAAAACAAGUGACUCACCAUCACCAGUAACACCAACUGCUACUACGUCAACACAGUAUCCACCUUUAACCUCUCCAGUUCCUGAAUUUCUCAAAACUCCCUCUACAAUUGAACAGCACGUUACACGUUCUACUGCUGCAACCACCCUGACCACAAAUACUGUAUCUGCAGCAAAGCCUGGGCCAACGUUAGUAAAGCAAAGCCACCCAAAGAACCCAAAUGAUAAGCAUCGGAGCAAAAAAUGUAAAGAACCUAAGCCAAGGGUGAAAAAAUUGAAGUAUCAUCAAUAUAUUCCACCUGAUCAGAAAGGUGAGAAAAAUGAGCCACAGAUGGACUCCAACUAUGCUCGUCUGCUACAACAGCAGCAACUGUUUUUGCAGCUGCAGAUCCUGAGCCAACAGCAACAACACUACAAUUACCAGACAAUUCUACCUGCACCACUGAAGCCACUGAAUGACAAACAGAGUAACAACGGGAAUACACCACUGAAUACUUUGAACAACAGUACACCAACAUCAGCUGCCAGCUCACCGAGACAGAAUAGUAAUAUUCCUAGCCGGAAACCAGGACCUCUACCGUCAAGCUUGGAUGACUUGAAGGUAGCUGAGCUUAAAAUGGAGUUGAAAUUGAGGGGAUUACCAGUGUCUGGAACAAAAACAGAUCUUAUUGAGCGUCUGAAACCCUAUCAAGAUCUUAAUAACAAUGGGGUCACUACUAGUAGCUCUGUUACAGUAACCACUUCUACUGGGGCCACAGAAAAAACAUCUACUGGACCUGGCUGCAAAGUAGUAAAUACUGAAAACAUUAACUCUCCUUUGCCUAUAUCUCCCUCUCCUUCAGAACAAUCUACUCUAAGCACAGAUGAUACUAGUAUGGCAGAUACUUUCACAGAAAUUAUGAACAUGGUGUCACCAUCCCAAUUCUUAAGUACUUCACCACUAAGAGCAAAUAUGAGUGAUGAUAAUCAGAAUCGCAGUAAUGGAAGCAUCUCAACUAUGGAGUUUGAUGUAGCAGAAAAGGACCGCAAGCUUCAAGAAAAAGAAAAGCAGAUUGAAGAGCUCAAAAGGAAACUGGAACAAGAGCAAAAACUCGUGGAAGUACUGAAAAUGCAACUUGAGGUUGAAAAGCGGGGACAACAGCAACAGUCUCAGACUUCUGGUAACUCAGCUGCUUUGGAACAGAAGCAAUUCAGUGCUGUUGUCAAAGAUGAAAAUGCUCUAACUGACUGCUCUAGUACAAGUCAAUCUGUACCUGUAGCUAGUCAUUCUUUAGGACAAUCGGUAUAUACGAGUGGCCAGAAUCCAGUUGCCAAAAAGGCAGUUAUUAUCAAGCAGGAGAUACCUGUGGCCAAAGCUGAACCUCAGAAUGCCAUUUCUCAAUUUUAUGUUAACCCACAGAGGCAGCCGCAAACUGCAGUUGUUGCCCAACCUCAAGCUUUAUUAACUACCCAAGGAACUGCCCAGCUGCUCCUUCCACUAUCUAUCCAGGGACCGAAUUCUACCACUGCAGUGCAGCUACCAGUUGGAAAUAUAAAGUUGCAGGCUCAGUCACAAGCUGGAAUACAGACCCCAUCACAAAUACCUGCUCCUAUUUCUUCUGGCCUGGUCCAGACAGCACCUCAGAUGCAUACUCCACAAUCAAAACAAACCACCAUCACGCAGCAUGCACUUGGUCAGACCCAACAAAUCAGAAAGGUUUUUCCACCUACCACAUCAAAUACAGUAUUUUCCUAUCAGACGGCAUCAGUUACAACACCUUCACAAUCUUUUAUUAAUAAAACGUCAAACUCUAAUGUUCACACUGGUGGUAAUCAGGUCCCCUCUGUGCAGAAUGGACCUGCUACUCCUAACAAGCCUGGCUCUCCAUCUCAAGCCCAGCCUUACAUAGUUCAACAAUCCCUCUUCAACAACACAGUAUCCAAGACAAAAGAUCCUCCUCGUUAUGAAGAGGCCAUAAAACAGACCCGCAAUAUUCAGACAUCGCACCGUGAGAUUUCCAGUGUGCACAGUCAGCAGAUGGAUGAUCUUUUUGAUAUUCUCAUCAAGAGCGGAGAGAUUUCCCUGCCAAUAAAGGAGGAACCAUCUCCCAUUUCUAAAAUGAGACCAGUAACAGCCAACAUCACUACAAUGCCAGUGAAUACAGUGAUAUCCCGCCCACCACCACAAAUCCAAAUGGCCCCUCCUCCUGUGUCUUUAGAACCAACAACCAGCUUGUCUAUAAGUUUGGAAAACCAACUUGAAGCCCUCUUGGAUGGAACUUUACCGUCAGGUAAUGAAAUUCCUCAACUGACAAGCAGUAAUGAGGACAGAGAGUCAUUUUCUUUAAUUGAAGACCUCCAGAAUGAUCUACUUAAUCACUCCAGCAUUUUAGAUCACUCUCAUUCACCCAUGGAAACAUCUGACCCACAGUUUACCACGAAUAAUUCUUGUCUGUCUCUUGACCUUCCUGAUACAAAUUUGGACAAUAUGGAAUGGCUAGACAUUACAAUGCCCAGCUCCUCAUCUGGACUCACUCCUCUCAGUUCUACUGCCCCCAGCGUGUUUUCCACAGACUUUCUAGAUCCACAAGAUCUACAGUUGCACUGGGAUUAAGCUAUAGCCAAUGAGAACACGACCUGCAAGUCUCUUCACAGCAGAGGUCCAUUAUUAUAUCAUUCUGAUUGCAGUUAAGAUAAAUUAAGACAGUAAUGUUUGGAAGAACAAAUGCUUGAAGCUAAUUCCUUAUUGAUUUUCAAGUUUACAACAGUGAAUUACUUUAUGCUCCUAUCAGUAAUGCAGAUUAGGGCCCUCUGAAAGCUGUAUUUCACAAGUCAGGAAAGGAUGAUUGUAGUUACUGAUUAGAAGUACCCCAAGGUAAACACAUCACAAAUAUUUAAGUAGUAAGUUAUGUCUCUGACUUUGUAAUGCUUAAAUGAGCAACACAACAUGGCUAAACUUAAAGAAGAAAAAGUGAGAUUUCAACUGUCUGUAUUGACACAGUGAGCAAAUGUUUGGGGGAGGGUGAGGUAUCACUGCACUUCAUUGUUCCUGUGGAUAGCCUGAGCCAGGUUCCAAAUGAAUUGUGAGGGCAAAGGCAAGUAGAAGCACUGGCUGGUUCAGUGAAAUUUCAUGUAUCUAGUCUCUUAAUUUGUUCAAGUUGUUUUUAUAUUUUGGUUUUGUGGUUUUUAAAACUCUUCCCUCAUUCUUUAAUCACGAGGGAAGAAUUUAACUGCAUCCAAAGGGAUAUUAAGUGUAACUGCAAGAAAUCCACCGUAGCUACGCCAGGUAAUAUUGAGAACACUGAAUUUUCUAUAGCAAUGCUCUGCAUUUAAUAGCUAGGUUUUAAUGUGUAUAUCAGACAGUUAUUUGUAUACUCUUUUAACUUUGUAUAGCUUAUUUUUGUGAACAGAAGGGAACAGUGGUCUUCAAACAAGAUUACUAUAGUGGAAAUAAUAAAUAUCCUAAUUUACUCUGUGUUUGAGGAUAUUUGUUACAGAUCAUUGAAUCCAGUAUCUCAGCAUAUUACAACAGUUUGAGGAAGUAGAAAAGUUUAAUUAAUGCUGUUCUGCACUAUGAUCCUGCAAGCAUCUAUGCAAGAAUAGUCCCAAUGCCCUCAAUAAAAGAUGUUUGUAGGAUCAGACCAAGUUGCAGGGGACAGUACUGACAGGACAACCAUCAUUUCUUAAUGAAUACUUUUAUCUAUUGAACAGCUUUGUCUACCACUACAUAACAUCAGGGAAGCUAAACGGAGAAGCUGCUCAGUGAGAAUCCUAAAUAGCAGUAUCAGGAUGUACUGGUUUGUGAUAAGAAGGCUAUGUCAUAUCUGAAACAGAUAAUAGCAAAAAUUAAGCUCUUACCUCAAAGCACAGCACAUGAAAAUAUUUUUUUUAAAGCCCUUAGUUGUGUUUUUCCAUAGUCUAUUAUGAUGGCAGUUGGAAAAACAAAAAAAUGCAAAUAGAGGUAAAAUACUUUUAAGUUCUGUGGUUGUCUCUCAGGUAGUAGGUGUUAAAUGUUGCCAUAGGUGAUGUAGGAUGAUCAUCAAACUUAAAAUUGGAAUUAUUUCCUAUUAGGGAAUUCCUAAAUUAGGAUAAAAAGAAACGGUCCCCUAUUUCCUGAACAAUGGAAGCUUGAUACGUUUUCUAGUCUGAAAACUGAUCUCAUUGCAGAAUUUCUUCCUCACCACCAGCCUUCAAAAAUAAAGUUUUGUAGGAGCUAAUGAAAAAAAUGCCCUGAAGCUUUUGCUUACUUCUUAGACUAAUGAUAUAUAUCAAAGAGUAUCAAAGAAAUAAUGAAAACAGAAAGUAGCUGUUAACUAUUUAGCAACCUGUAACACAUUUGAAAAAAAAAAAAAAAACACCACAAUCAUGUUAACAUCAAACAAAAUACUUUUGUCAGAAAAUGUUGUGGAAUUAACUGCAAAUGCAGUCUGGUUUACUAAUAAUGGCUUCAGAUAAAAUAGUGGAUUACAUCAUUGAUUCAAGGUUUAAACUGGCAUCAUAUGUUUGCAUCAUAUCAGUUACCAGCACUUUAAAUCAUUGUAUUUCUUCAAUAGUUUUACAGGCCACGAUUUACUUUAAGAUUAAACUACAGAAAAACAAUCUAUGGAGAUUUUUCACAAGAAAAGAUGAAGUUGAAAGACCUAUUUCCUUAUUCCUUCUUGCUGUGCCUACAGUACUUGAGUACAAUAUUGCACGUGGACUGUCUGCCUUAAAUUUUGAUGGUAUAGGAAUCUUCAGUAACACUGAACAAAUACAUUCAACUUUUUGCAUUCCUUUUCAUCAUAUUAUCUUGGGAGCUAAUACUCUGAGAUAGUAAGUGCCCUCAGCUGUUAUGAGAAUAAGAAUUAAGGACUCUUGGUCUGAUAGGAACAACUUUGAAUGAAAUUUAGUGUUCUGCAGUACUGUCAAUUUAUUACAUGUGAUACACCAGACAUCAUACCACAUAUGUGUGGUUAGAGUUACCCCUUCCUGACCCUGCCUUCUGAUUAAGUACGAGGCAAGUAAAUUAAUUUUUAGAGGACAAAGUAACCUAGAGCAACUGUACUGUCAUUUUUGAUGUGCAUGUAAAUAGAGCUUGAAACUGGCAAAGUCAUCUUGCUACAAAACUAUCCUUAUUGACAGUGUAGAAUGUUAACUAAUCCAUAGGAAUCUAUGUGCAGAAAUAAACCCAAACAGUUGAGAUGUGUUGUUAUCAGUACAGUAUAGCUUUCUACUCUAGAAGUCUAUUUGAAAAAAAAAAAAAAACUAUUAAAAAAAUUAUGGGAUCAUUUUAGGUUUUGAAGUACAAAUAUUCUAGUGUAGGGAAUGUGUGAUUACUUUUUUGUACAUUUCAGAAUUGUGUAUUAAUGGUUUGCUUUAGACUUUGUUCUGAAACGUGAUAUAUUUGCCAUAGUUAUAUAUGCCUGUUAUGGCAGAAAUAGAUUUUACUUAGACUUCUGUGUGUGCAUGUUUUACAUGACAAUUUUUGUAACACAAAUACAAUACAUCUUAAAUUUAAUCAUGACUGUGCAGUUUGACUGUACAGAACUGAAGAUUUCUCAUUAAGAGAACAGUUGCAAAGGAAUGUACUGGCACUAAAUCUGCCAUUUAAUGCCUGCAAUAUACUAACAGAACACUUCCCAUCAAAUGUGGUGUUAGUAGAUCCUUCAAAGUAAUUAGGAAUACCAUUUUAUCAGUGUGAAAAUCGAAAGUUGGUGUUCACACUUAGAGACACAGAGCUCAGACUUACAUUUUACAAGGCUAAUGUUAAUCAAGAGGAGUCACAUCAUGCUUUUAAUACAGAAAUGGUAUUUGUUAUGCACUUUUAGUGCCAUUCAGCAUUAGUUAAGGCAAGUAAGUUUACAGGCAAAAUGUUGUUUAACAUUAUAAAUAGUUAAGAAAUCAUUGUCAUAAAUUUAGCAAUUCUCUCUGAGAAUAAAAUUAAUUUAUGGCAGUUGAUCUCUAAAUCUCUGUAGAGUCUAAUCCAGCAGUGUGGGCUUUCAGAAUCAGACCUUCAAAAAGCUGAGGCCACAGCUUUUAGAAAUCAUCACUACUUAAUAAUGCAAUUUCUUUCCAAGGUAUUUCUAAAUUCACCACCAGGAGUUAUGUUCAAGGAAGCAGGUGAUCAAAAUGGAAGUUUCAAUAUUCAACUUUUAUGUCACGUAAUCUCAAACAUUCAGAUGCCUGAAAAGUGUAGGCACCACAAUUGGAAACCAAGCACAAGCUGCUGAACUGUUUUCAAGACAGAGAAAAUGCAAUCAUAGAAUACAUUUAACUGGAAGGGCAUUAUGUAAUCAAAACACACUAAAGCUCACCAAUGUAAAGAAUUAUUAUUUGGAUGGCAUCUUCUGUGUAUUAUAAACUUAAAUCAAAUUCUAUUAAAACUGGAAAAAAAUUUCUUCCACUUAUCUCUAGUAAAUGUGCUGUUGAAACUAUACUGUGGUCUAUUAAAUUGCCUUUUGAUAACUUCUAGACGAUACUAGAGAUGGGUUUUUAUGUGGGAUAUGUGGAAUGGAGUUGCACAUAGUAUAUACAUGGCCAAUAAAGAGCAUUCAUUAAAACCUGAAGUAAUCUCAAAUAUUCCUUUUAUACCAGUUUGCUAGGAACAAAGUGCAAAAAAGAGACAUCUACAUCAUUUUGUAGUGUCCAAUACUGAAUAUAAAGACUUUUUAAGUUAAAAGUGCAUACAUGUAUUUGUAGAAAUCUAGCCAAAAAAGCCAUUCUAGCUAUGAGAGCAAAUUCUCAAUAAAAAGCAGGGAAUGGUUAAUAACUAUAUAAUCAUGCUAUUUUUAUAAAAAACACAGCUCAGAUAUUCAAAAGACAGCCUAAAAUAAAUUAUAAUAAUAUAAAAAUUUAAAUAGGAACCAAAGCAUUGCCAUUUAUUUUGCCAAAGGAGGCACUUCAUAUUUUGAAGCAUAGGAAAUUAAAUCCCCGAAAGUAUUAUCCAUACUUUUUUAAAAUCAAGGAUGUAGAUAUUUUCAAAGCUGUUUUUGAUGUUUAACAGUAAAGAUUUGUUUUUGUUGUUUGAGAAAUUUGUAUUAAGUAAUAGCACAGGCUUUUUUCCAGAUAGGAUUUUUCUUCACAGUACUGCUUGCAGUAGAAAUAACGCUAACCCUAGUAGGUGUUUCUCUUCUUAUUUUCAUAGUCAUAAUUACGUCUUAGCAUCUCAUUUUGUGAAAAGAAGAAGAUAGACAUCUAUCUCUAGGGCCCUCUUCAUUUAAGCACUACUUUACUAAAUGCAAAUUAUGGCAAUCAGGGCGUCAGUUUAUGUAUUGCCUUUCUAUAAGAAACCAUGAUGCCUUUGUAUUUGCUGUUUGCACCCCUAAAAUCAAUUCCAUAUGUUUGAAUGCCAUAUGUUUUGCACAUUGUACUGUAUAUAUGUAAUGCAUACUGUAUUUUUAUAUGUGUACUACAUUUAUCAAAUAUUUUGUACAUAGUGGCAAUAUUGUAGCUACUGAGGAAAUGUUUGAUAUUUCAGCAUUUUUGCUAAGUGUCUCAAAUAAAAAAGGAAAACUGUG